AUGACAGGCCAGAACGCCAACGCCAGCCAGCCCUGGCACCCUACGGCGCCCCUGUCGGGCCUGGCGCUGCAGGUGCAGGAGGUCUACCCCUUCCACGACAGCUGGAACGUGGCCUGCUUCGUCAUCCUGCUCCUCUUCAUCCUGACGGUGGCGUCGCUGGCCACGCUGGCCUUCCUGUACGAGCUGCUGGACUGCGGCUGCUGCGCCAAGGGCGAGACGGAGCGUGAGCCGCGGGGGGAGCCGGGGCUGUUCCGGGCCAUGGUGACGGGCGUGCGCAAGCACCGCGUGGAGGUGGUGUAGUUCCAAA